AUGGAGAAGAAAAAGACGAACAAGCGACAAUUUGCCUGCCUUGUGGCAUUUAUGGAGGAAAAUCCCGACAUUGCCAGAGGAAGUAAGAAUUUGAAUUCGUGGGAAUCGGACUCGCUGAACAGUUUUGGUCCUCCCACUCAUUCCGUUGCAGCGUGGCAGAAGGUUUGGACCGACAAAAAGCUGCAACUGAAACGGAAGUUGCAGCAUAACAAAAACGAGUUGACGGGUUCUGUUUUUGGAACGCAAUCAUCACCUAGUCCAUCCGCAAUUGGUGAACGCCAAGCGGACCGUUGCGUCGAAGAUCCUAUCGAGGAACCUAGGGUAACGGAAGAUCAGCCAACGCAUGAUAGUGUAACCCGUGAGGAUGGAAGAGGUCAGCCAGCUACGAGCGGCCGUGGUCGAGCGACCAAACAAAAUUAUAGAAAAAAUCUCCUCGAAAAGCAGACCGACGAUCUCAGCAAGAUGAAGCUGCAUGUAUCGGAUUGUGCUCGAUAUUCGCGUAAAUCGUACGAUUUACACAAGAAGCGGUUUGAGUUAGAAAUGAAGCGUUUUCAGCUGGACGAGGAGAAAAUCAACUUCAACAAGCAAAUGCUGCUCGAAAAGCAGAAGCAUAAAAGUCAGCAGCUACAAUAUAAGAAGCAGAAACUCGAUUUUGAGAUUUGA